GUUGCGUGUUCGAUUCACGUCGGGUUCAAAACCCCGAUCCCAAGCGGAUCUUUCUUUUUCGCUAAUUUUGUGCCCCAUACGUCGCCGUUUACUUCCUUUUCAUGGCCCCUAUAUUCUCCAAACAACGGAACCCUACUUUUGUACGCCAUACGUCGUCGUUUACUUCCUUCUCAAAGCCCCUAUGUUCUCCAAACGACGGAAGGCAAAAGAAAAGGAAAAAAAAAUGGCCCUAAUUUUAUCACCUUACUCUCUGCGACUGGCCGCAUUCCCUUCUCCAUUAACCCAAAAUUCCUCACAAAUUUACGUAUCGACCCUAAGGCAACCAUGCCAUCUUUCAACCCGACGAAUAUCGUGUAUUUCGACCCGACCCAGGAGAAAAAGGAGCUCUUCAAAGGCCGACGAAGCGGAAGCCCAGGAACUGGUUCGGGUCUUAAUGAGAAGUUUCACCGAUAAAGAACCGUUGGUUAAGACAUUGAACAGAUGCGUGAAAGUUGUGAGAUGUGAGCACUGUUUUCUUCUGUUUGAAGAGCUUGGCAAAUCUGAUAAAUGGCUUCAAUGCCUUGAGGUUUUCAGAUGGAUGCAGAAACAACGCUGGUACAUUGCCGAUAAUGGGGUUUAUUCUAAAUUAAUUACGGUUAUGGGAAAGAAAGGGCAAACUAGAAUGGCUAUGUGGCUCUUCUCUGAGAUGCGUAAUAGUGGUUGUCGGCCUGAUGCUUCUGUUUAUAAUGCUCUUAUCACAGCCCACCUCCAUUCCAAUGACAAAGCAAAAGCUUUGGACAAAGCUCUUGGGUACUUUAACAAGAUGAAGGGAAUGGAGUGGUGUAAACCCAAUGUUGUCACAUACAAUAUUCUUUUGAGAGCCUUUGCUCAAGCUCGAAAUGUGGAUCAAGUUAAUGCUUUGUUUAAGGAUCUUGCUGAGAGCAUUAUUGCACCUGAUAUAUAUACGUUUAACGGCGUGAUGGAUGCAUAUGGGAAAAAUGGGAUGAUCAGAGAGAUGGAGUAUGUUCUUACUCGAAUGAAGAGCAAUCAGUGUAAGCCUGAUAUUAUUACGUUUAAUAUUCUUAUUGAUUCUUAUGGCAAGAAGCAAGAAUUCGAUAAGAUGGAACAAGUGUUUAAGAGCUUGUUACGCUCCAAGGAGAAACCUACCCUCCCUACAUUUAAUUCGAUGAUCAUAAACUAUGGGAAGGCACGGCUUAAGGAGAGAGCAGAAAACAUUUUCAAAAAGAUGACUGAUAUGAAAUACACACCAAGUUUUAUCACCUAUGAGAGUCUUAUAAUGAUGUAUGGCUUUUGUGACUGUGUUUCUAGGGCUAGGGACAUAUUUGAUGGGAUUGUUGGCUCUGGGAAGGAGAUGAAAGUUUCAACCCUAAAUGCCAUGCUUGAAGUUUACUGCAUAAAUGGUCUACCCAUGGAGGCAGAUAGGCUUUUUGAUAAUGCACAUGACAUGGGGGUGAUUCCUGACUCAUCAACAUAUAAACUUCUAUAUAAGGCCUACACUAGGGCCAAUAUGAAAGACCUUCUGCAGAAGUUGGUGAAGCAAAUGGAAAAAGAUGGUGUGGUCCCUAAUAAGAGGUUCUUCCUUGAGGCUCUAGAAGCUUUUGGAUCUUUACCAGCUAAUCCAGGUUCUGUUAGUGCGACAAAGAGUGGCAGGCCAGAGAAUAGUGCAAAAACUGGGGGAAGUAAUUAAUUGAUUGGUUUACGUAUUCUUCUGAUCUCCUUCCAACUAAGCAUGAUUCAAAAGGCCUAUAUUGCAGCAGUGAUUGACUGUUGUCCCCACAAAAUGUGUAACGCUGAGGAAUAAGGACAAAUACAGAAUAUUUCUUGUAUUGCAGGCUUUGUCCAUACAUGGAUUGGUCAUGAAGAGCUCGGACACUUGAUAUCCUCCUCAAACUAUGAACAGGGAAUUCACAGGCUGAUUACGAAUAUGCACCUGCCCUCAUUUUCCUGCUGAUUAAUGUUCACAACAUGACAUGUUCCAUAAUGGAACACUGCUACGUUCAUGAUGGGCAACUAAGAUGGUAUACUGAAGUUGAAGUUGCAUUGUCUAAAACAUGUUUAUAUAAUUUGUUCACAAUGACUUAGAAUAGGAAUAAUUCCUUACUUGUACAAAUAAGCUGCUUUAUUGUUAAAGGUAAAAUUGCAGAAUUUAGAAGACUUGCAUUGCAGAUUUGAUUCUGUUUUCUGACAGAAUAGUGUUUUAAAUUCUGGUCAAUAUAUUAAUGAUUCUAUCUUCAAGGUAUCACA